AUGCCUAAGAACGUGACGAAAGAAAUAAUCAGCCACGAAGCUAUCACGCAGCAUAUAAUUGAACAGGAUAAUAACAUUGCUGAAAUGACUGAUGGUCCCGUGUUCCGUGCGAAAUUUAUCAAUACCAUUGCUGAUGUCCCACUUGCCAUAUUAAUGCGUAGUGGACCGUUAGGUAUGAAUGCAUGCGAUAGACCACCAAUAGUGCGACUUACAGGACGUUCAGCAUCUUUCUCAUUUAUCGUGGAUUUAACAACUUUUGACAUUACAGAUCUCAUUUAUGAUGGAUUAGAUGGUUGGAGUUCUCGUGGAUUGGUUUCUAAGUUUUUCUUCAACAAAGAUAAGGCGAAGUGUGCUCAGGGAAAGCAUGAAUAUACAAUUCUGCGGAAAGUUUUAAUCCAUCCACAUACUGUUCCUUCAAGUUCUGUCCGAAAAGUGAUUUGGCAAGUGAUGAAAGGGAAUGAAUGUUGUAGGUAUGCAUUAAUUUCCUACAACAUCACUAAUGAUGCGGUGCUAGAUAGCCGUGCUUUUGUAUUGGAUCGUGAUAAAAUUGUUGAAACAGAAAGUACAGGUGUUGAAUCCUCAGGCGUGCAAGGAGUUGAUGGUAUAUCUGUUCAUGUUGGUAAUCAAAACGCCAAUGCUUCUGAUGAUCUGAUGUGUGAAGGUGAAGAAGAUGGCGAUGAUAUUGAGUUUUACUUUGCUGGGGGAACGGAAAGUCUAAAGCGACAAAUGGAAGAAAUUCCGGAACUAGAUACAGAAGGACUCUGCAUGAUCACGGAUGCACCAGUAUUCAUGCAGAAAUUUGUCGGAACAUUGGCGGAUGCACCAUUGGAAUUGCUGAUACAAGAAGAUGAAUUGGAUGCAUCGAUACCCGUAUGUACAUAUGUUCCUAAAAUCAAUCUUUAUGGAGCCGCAGCUUGUCUUAGUUUUUUAAUCGAUACGAAAUGUUUCCCUGUGUCAGAUAUCAGUUCGGAUAAUCUCGGUCAAUGGAACGCUAAAGAUGGACGUCGUAUGAGUGUUCGUAAGUUCUACUACCGAACAAAAAAUAAACCAGACGGAAUUGAGCAGGAAUAUUGCGUGGUUCGACGACGUUAUCUGCAUCCUCAUUGUAUUCCAAAUAAUUCAAUACGGAAAGUGAUUUGGUUGAUCAAAAAAGGUGAUGAAUAUUGCCGUUACUCAUUGGUUUCGUACUAUAUCGAAGCAGAUGCUCAUGUUAUGCAAAUACCUCAUGGUAAUUCGCGUACCAACCAGAAAAGCUAUAUUCGAACGUGUCCAAGUGAAGUAAAGAAGCGUCCGUGCAACAUUAAACAGGAAGAUGCGAUCCUUGCAGAUACGGCAAAUACCUCGGAGAGUAUUAUGUUGCAGGAACCGGAUUUUGAAGUGGGUAACGAGGUGGAUGUCGAAGCUGAUGAUGUUUCGGAGAGCUCCGAAGUAGACGUCGACGGUAACAGUCCUCAGGAAGUCUGCAGUCCUACUGUUCAGGACGUUCUCAUAUCCGACAGUGAAAUGAUUCACAGAAUAAGUUUGGUUACAACAAGUACACCAUUUAAUUGUGCAUAUAUCAAUGCCAUAACAGAAUUACCGCUUUCUUUACUUCGACGACCAGAAAUAACAAAUGAUGUUGCACCAGUAAACACUGCAGUACCUCAAAUUCGACUAAUUAGUCAAGCCGUACAAAUGUCGUUCAUUGUCGAUACUUCGCAGAUUCCAUAUGUGGAGUGGAAUUGGGAUGGAUUGGGUGCAUGGAACACGUCACGUGGCAACCGCGUCACUUUAAGUAAAUAUUGUUAUGACACAAACGAUAGUAGAUGUGGUACUAAAGGAUAUGCCUAUUGCGUCAUUAAGAAGAAAUAUGUGCAUCCGUACUCGGUACCACCCAGUGCUGUGCGGAAAGUUGUUUGGCUUAUCAAGGAAGUUGAUGGCAGCUAUAACAGAUAUAUGCUUGUGACAUACAAAAUCGAACGUGAUGCGGUUGUUACGAUUAAAAGAAUACAACAGCAGGUAGCAUCGGAACAGCGAAUGCAACGAACGUCUAUUCUUGCUGAUGAAACAAUUUAUGACCAAAACGAAAUAAAUCAUGAAAUUGCUCGCGUGACAAAAAGUCCAGUAUUCCUAAAGCAGUUUAUCAAUAAUGUUAAUGAUUUACCACUGGAUACCCUGCUCGAACAAGAUCAAAUUGAUCUUCCGGUAUGCGAUGCGGUUCCACAUAUAGCAGUAUUACGUGAACCAACUGUUUAUCCACUACAGAUGACAUUUCUAAUUGAUACGGAAAAAGUAGCAAUAAGUGAUCUCAGUGUUGAUAAUCUAGGACAAUGGAAUACGACACAUGGUCGACGUAUGACCCUUCGCAAAUUUUAUUUUUCUCGUGAUAGGCAACGUUGUCUUGAAGGGGCUCAUUAUUUUACAGUUGUACGGAAAACUUAUGUUCAUCCAAACAGUAUACCUGAUGGAAUGGUUCGAAAAAUAAUAUGGCAAGCUUGCACUCCCGAAGGAUAUGCCAGGUACGCGUUAAUUUCAUAUGAUAUUGGUAUAAACACUGUGGUUGAGGCCAUACCUCACGGUAAUUCAAAACGCAAUACUGUCGUCUACCAACGCAAAGAACCAAGCUUGAUUGCUGAAAGAAAACGUGAAAAGAUAAAGCGAUUAAGCGAGAGAAGUUCGUUAGAACCAGAAGAUGCCUUUGUAGCCAUGAAGCAUGCUCGACUAGGUUCCUACGUUGCUGGUCCAUCAAGUGUCACCUUAUAUGAAGAUGGUAAUUAUGAAGAAGUUGAAGAUGCUUAUCCGUUAACACAUGAAGAAUUGAUGAGUCGUAUGGCACUUCCGAGUUUACGGCGCUUCACAAGACCCUAUCAUAAUGACGAACCGUUCAGUGUGGUCUUUCUAUUAGACCAGCAUGUAGGCAUUGUGCAAUGUGCGUCGUGUGGUGUUGAUUUUUCGCGGCAACCGCAACCUCCCGAAGAUUUGGUUUUGGAACAUGUAGAACGCUUCUGGAACCAACGAACUUGUACCUACUCUACUCAACAAAUGCAAAAGAAAUAUAUACACGCGCGUUUAGAAUGUGUCUUAGCUCGAUAUGAAUAUUUCACAACAUUGGAUUUCCUUGUGAUAUCGCAUGAUGUUCGAAUGCGCUUAACUAAUAUUCAUCAACAGCAUUUGAGUAUUGAAUUUGGUUGUUCAUUUGAAUAA